UUUCCAGCUGAACUACCAGGGAAGCUGGAGUCCCAGAGAAGGAGUUAGAGAAGGAAUAGAGACCCCUGUCUUCUGGGUGGGUCACAGCCAAGCUUCCUUGGCCCCCCACCACCAUCCAGGGUACUUUGGAAUCUUCUGGGCUUUCUUAGGGGAGGAGAACUUCAGGAGCCAAUAGAUCCAGAGGGUGGUGCUCCCUGCCUCUUGGGAACUCUUUUUUCCGCAAAAGUGACCAACUGCCCUUGGAGCUUUAACUUGCCCUUGGGAGUCUGAGUCCACCAAGACUUUCAAAAGCCCGUACAACCUGAUGGAUAUCUGGAGUGCAAGCCAUCUGUGGGUGAGAAGCAGCUCUUUCUCUUUGGAGAUGGCGCGUCUUCUGGGAAGCUCACUUCCAACAUCUGCUGGCCUCCCACUCAAGCAUGCCUGGCCUCCUGGAAAUUCAAGGACCUGCAGCCCUGCCACCCUGACCACGGGGCCUGGGACAUUGUUCUGUUUUCCACGAUCAACUGCCGGAGUCAAGGAGGAAGCAAGAGGCAGGAGGCUGGGCUGUGCAAACAGCAGUGGGCAGAAACUUCUGGAGGAAGCGAAGAGCCUUAGAACAGUGGCCGUGGUGACCUGGACUUCGAACCUGGAUUCGGAUGGAACGUCUUAAAGACUCAGAAUAUGGCUAUCUUGGCAGUCUCUUGACCUUGAGAGACAUUAAUUGGGGUCUAGAGCUGCCAACCAUAAAGGGAGGGCGUCCUCCCUUCAAAGCAAAACCCUCUGGUUCUCUCUGAUCCCCUAGUCAGCCUGGGCUGCUGACCCGGAGCUCCAGGGCGCCGCCAGCGCACCUGCCGCGCUCACCUGCCCCGCCCGUACCUGCCUGGCACACCAGCACACGCAUCUGCCCGCCCUCCUUGCCGCCGGCCUGCCGCCCAGGGCGUGUCGCCCAGUGGUCAGUCCAGCCCUCGAGAAGCUCUCUCGGUCGCCCGGAGCUGCGGCCAAGGGUCAGAAGGGCCCGAACCGCACCUGGAAAAUGCGCCCCGUGGCUGCCGGCACCCUGAAGGCAGUGUUCUUCAUCUUCGCCUCCCUGUGUGCCUGGUACUCCGGGUACCUGCUGGCAGAACUCAUCCCAGACGUGCACCUGUCCAGCGCCGUCUAUAGCAUCCAGAGCAUUGGCAAGAGGCCUGUCCUCAAAGCCCCAACCCCAAAAAGGCAAAAAUGUGACCACUGGUCCCCGUGUCCUGCAGACACCUACGCUUACCGGUUGCUCAGCGGGGGUGGCAGGGACAAAUACGCCAAGAUCUGCUUUGAGGAUGAGAUGCUCAUAGGAGAAAAGACUGGGAAUGUUGCAAGAGGAAUAAACAUUGCCAUUGUCAACUAUGUGACUGGGAAAGUGAUAGCAACACAGUAUUUCGAUAUGUACGAAGAUAACUCUGGACCGAUGACAAAGUUUAUUCAGAGCGCUCCCUCGAAGUCCUUGCUCUUCAUGGUAACCCACGAUGAUGGCAGCAGCAGGAUGAAGGAGGAUGCCAAGAAGGCCAUAGAAGCCCUGGGAAGUACAGAGAUCAGGAACAUGCGAUUCAGGUCAAGCUGGGUGUUUGUGGCAGCAAAAGGCUUUGAACUUCCUGCAGGAAUUCAGAGGGAAAAGAUCAACCACUCAGAUGAUGCGAAGAACAGGUAUUCUGGCUGGCCAGCUGAGAUCCAGGUAGAAGGCUGCAUACCAAAAGGGCCCAGCUAACACUGCCCCGCCUUGAUAAAUGGGCUUCUUAUAGACAAAUGCAUCCUGAAUGGACUAUGGCCCUUUUCCAAUGGUCAAUAUUUUAUGAAUAUUUCAGGUUUGUCAACCAACCAAACAAAAUAUUUGCCAGUUGUAUAAAAUCUUGUCCCACAGACUUUUUAUGCCAGUGUUUAUAGAGUGAAGAUGUUGAGCUGAAAUGCACGGGAGUGUUCAAGAGGAUUCAGUGACAUCACCUGGGAAGCAGCCCCUGCCUGUCCAGGUGUGGAGCUAUUUUAUCAUCACAUCCAAGUUUGACCCAUGUGGUCCAGAUAGCUCUGCAGAGAGAAAACCUUUAUUCUCUGACCACGGAGCACACCCUUGUUAUGGAUGGUCAUCUCAUAGGGACAAUGAGCAGCAGCCAUAGGUCUUAGCUACCUUCUUGGGUCAACCUUCUUGAGCUUUCCCUGCAGGUCCCUGAACUUAUUCAUUCAUCCCACAAAUGUGGGUGCGCCUAACUCAGGCACAAGCAAUACGAUGGUGAAGAGAUUCAGUGUCUGCCUCCAGGCAGGGGUGUUGUUCCAGUGGCACCUUGUUUAACAGGAUGGGGAGGAGGGAUCUCUGAUGGGCUGGGUGGGCAGGGGCUGCUCUCAGGAGGACCACUGUACAACCCAGACUUCCUAGGAGACACACAGUAGAUCCACAUACCAAGAUGCCCAGUGCAUUGGGGUUAAGAAAACCAAGUCAUUGCCAAAUGCUCUUUCUGACCUCCCUCCUGAGUCUGGCUCCCAGAAACGAUAGGAGACUUUGAUGCCAGCUUGAUAGUGCUUAUCUAGCCUCCAGUUUCUCAUCUAUCCAUAGAGAGGUUGGAACAGAUGAACGGUUUUCAAGUACGUUUAUCAGCAGGCCUCCUUUUAAAAACAUGGCAGUGUGUGUCACCCUGAAUUUCAGCAUCCUUGCAGGACCCGACUCCCCAGGUCUCAGUGGCUGACAGCAGCGCUGAGUCCUCCAUGGUUGUAGACGGGCUGCAGGGCAGUGGAGGCUCAAUUCUGAGCAUGGGGGCCAGGCUGAAGGAGGCUCCCUAUCGGGCAUGGUAGCCAGAGAGAGCACAAGUGCAGAUGUUUGCCAGAGCUCCUGCCAGGACACAUGUGAGCCCUCAUCAUUGCAUCCCGCUGCCAACCAGGGUGAACAUCAGCCUCCUGGCAGUGGCAGGCGGUGACCGUCGGCCCCUCAGGGAGCCUGCAUCUCUUUCUGCAGAGGAGUCUGCAAACCACUCGGCGGGAUCUUGGCUGGGGCCCUGUUACAGGCUAGACUUUGUUCCUCCCUGACUCAUGAGUUGAGUCAUAACUAACCGGCAGUACCACAGAAUGUGACCUUGUGCGGAAAUAGGGUCACUGUUGGUAUAAUAAGUUCAGGUCAGGUGGCCCCUAUCCAGUGUGACUGGUGUCCUAACAAAAAGGAGAAAUUUGGACACAAACAGGCCAUCAGAGAGAACCCCCUUCUGGGCUCUGGACCACCUUAGAGGAGGCCUGGAAGGGAACUUGAAACUCACUGAAAAGGCAGCAGAAUGGAGACCCGGGGAAGGUGGGGGCUGGAGGAGGGAGGGGUGAUCAGGACUUGAAGGGCAGCGGACUCCCCUCAGGACUCAUGGUGGGCGCCUGGCAUUACACACUUGUCCAGACCCACCAGGCGUCCAAUCCCAAGAGUGACCCUACUGUAAACCGUGGGCUCUGCGUGAUGACAAUGUGUCAGUCCGGGGGUCACCCCUCUGGAGGGGGCAGUCGACAGAGGGGAGGCUGUGCCUGUGAGGGGGGGUGAGGCAGGGAGUCUAGGGGAAAUCUCAAAAUCUCUGUAUCUUCCUCUUUUUACUGUGAACCUAAAACAAAUAAAGUCUACUACAAAACAAA